CUCUCACUCAGGUUCGAUGGCUGGAUGAAACUAGCUGUGUUCAUUGAUCACAGCCGACGGACCAACAGCAGUGUCCGUGCAUCUCUCUCACCUCUAGGAUGGAGGGGCUGCUGCGGCUGGCUCUACCCGGAGCGUGAGGAGCCUUCCUGGGCUUCGUCUGCGUCAUCCUCUCCGCUGUCUCUCUCUGCCCUGGUCCCCCUCUACUUAUCCAUCACUCGACCUCUGCAGUACAAGACAGCAUCCGGACCCACACAACACCUCCCCCCUAAUCCCCCACACUGAGUCGCCAGGGCAACCAUGGAUGGACUGCGCCUGCCACCGGUCAUCGAGGAGGUCAUGGACCCUGCAGAUGACAUAUGUGACCUGAAGGUGGAGAGGCCUGGCAUGGUGGACAAGCUGACGGCCAAAGAGAGGGAGUCCCUGGAGGAGAAUGAUGAGAAGGAGGAGAAAGAGAAGGAGGUGGAGGUGGGGAACGGAGAGAAGGGCCAGCAGGAGGAGCAGGGAGAGGAGAAGGAGGUGAAAGUGGAGGAGGAGGAAGGAGGAGUGUUAGAGGAGGAUGACUUGGAGGAGUUGAGGUCCCAGGUGCUGCUGCUGGUGUUGGAGCUGGAGGAGGCCAGGGAGGUUUCUCAACGACAUGAAGAGAGCUUCCUGGAGCUACAGGGUCUGUUGGAAGAUGAGCGUCUGGCUAGUGCUCACCAGGCAGAGAGCUUUACCAGACAGAUCCAGAGACUGCAAGCUCAGCUGCGUUCGGUCCAGGAGGAGAUGGACUCUCUGGAGGAGGAGAAGGAGAGUGAGCUGGGGGAGGUGCAGGAGGAGCUGAGGUCUGCCCAGGAGGAGGUGCUGGUGCUGCAGCAGGCGGGGGAGGAGGCGGCAGCGGAGAGGGAGAACGACAUCGCCUCCCUGCAGGAGGAGCUGUGUCGUCUGAGGGCCGAGCUGCAGCGUCUCCGCACCACGGCUCAAGAGUACGAGCUGGAGAUCACCACCCUUCGGGCCGAAAUCAGUAUGAAGAGCAUGAGGAGGGAGGGAGAGGCUGACGGUGAGAUAAGCCAGCUGACGGCGGAGUGUCAUACGAUUUCAGACGAGUGUCAGACCCUGAAGGACGACAACAAACAGCUGAGCCACAAACUGCAGCAGCUAGAGCAGCAGAGAGCCGGCUCCAAUGGGGAGGGGGACGAGGACCAGAAGGAUGAGGGUGUUGGGCAGGAUGAGGAACCAGUGAAGGCUGGAGGCUACAUGACCCUGUCCCAGACCCAGGGUGGGCAGACCCAGACUGGGCAAGGUGGGCGCUUGGUGGAUGCCUCCAUCCAGAAGAACAUCUCGUUCGAUGGCAAGCCCAUCACCAACUGGAACGGGGGACUCUCUGAAGUCUUCUCCCUACGAGACCAGGUCAAACUGGCUGAGGAGAGGGCCUCGCAAGUACAGAGACAAUGUGAGGGGUUGAAUGGGGCGCUUGCGGAACUGCAGGGGCUGUUUGACUGCAGCCAGAAGGAGAGGGCAGAGCUGGAGCAGGAACUGCAUCACUGCAGGGCGGAGCUAGAGCGGCUGGGCGGCAGGAAGUCACAGGAGAGCGAGGGAGGCUGGAACCUGGUGGCAGUGGUUGCCGUGGCAGCGCUUGUAGUCCUGAUAGUCCCCAGCCUUUCCAGAGCGUUUACCUGAGGACUACACAGAAAGGAAGUCACAGUACAGGAAAUGACUGUGCCGGUUGCCCCUGGCAACACUGGCAAUGCCCCUAUCCCAUGAUGCACCUGUCAAGGCUCCUCCUCGCUUCAUCUUCCAAGGAGGACUACAUUGACAACUGACAUUUUCACCAGGAAAUACAACACAACAAGGAAGUAGUCUCAAACAUUACUCAAGGAGGAUUACAUAUACCUGUUUAAGCCACUCUAAUAUCUUGUUUCUCUCUUUAAAGUCCUUCAGUUUGACUCAAUUGGUUUCCCUCUCUACUACUCUUCUCUCUGCGCUUCUUUAGAUUAACAUCGGUACGAGUUCAAGGGACCAGCAUAAUAUGACAGGGAUAGCCUCGGAGUUUGUGGCAGUACGGUGUCUGCAUGGGUGUCAAUGGAAAGACACAAUUUAGCACAGAACAUGUCUGAGCAUUUAUUGAUUGAUUGGUUGAUGGUUGAUUGGUUUAUUGACAACCUGUAAAGGUUGAAUUGUGAAAAGCUCAUGCCUUAUUGUUUCCUAGGCGGAUGGAGGAUUGUUUGCACAUAUUGAGUUACUGACGAGAUGUUUUAUCUAGAUGGUGGUGAUAUUGAAUGAGGAACAUGUUAUUCAGGAUGGUGAUUGCUUGCUUCAGCCUUAUUUCCUUCUCUUUCUAAUGGGCAUGUGAUCUUUUCCCAGAUCCUUCCCCUCCUUUUGAAUCACUUUGAACUUUGCCAAUACAAUUGUCUCUGCUACACUGUCUUUACGGCUCACGGUUUACUCUUUUAACACUUUUCCUUCUGUUUCUGUUGUGGCAUGCUCUGUUUAGGCUUAAAUUACAAACUUUUUUAAAGAAAAUGAAUUUAAUCAAAUGUUAAAUACUGUAAGAAUGUGUGGCGGAGGGUUUGAUUAGAUGUUUGAUGUAUUGGAUGUUUGUCCCCUUUGUAAAUGGUUCUUUCUCUCUCUUGUCUGCCUCGCUGUUUGACUCUCUCUCUCUCUCUCUCUCUCUCUCUCUCUCUCUCUCUC